CCGGGGAAAUGGAGUUUGUUGCGGGUGUAAGACAGAUUCUGGAUUUGCACCCGCCUGUCGAUCAUUGACUGACAGGGAAGGAAGGGGGGCGACAAGACCUCGGGUUAGUCCGCCGAAGGUAGGAGGAGGGAAAAGGUUAAGAGUAACGUUGUGGGUUUGGGAAUGUGCGUGUGUGUGUGUGUGUGACCGGGUACUGGGAGGAGGAGGAGAGAUCGGCGUGGUAUAUAAAGUCGGGUGUGUGACCCUCGCACAGAAUGCUUGCUCGCAUGGUUUUGGUUUUUGUGUUACCUUUUUUGUGUUUCUGUUCGGUCGGUGCAAGUCAACGGUUCGCCGUCGGUUGGAGUUUAGGACUUAGUCUGUUCAAUCAAGUCCGCUUGACUCGACUGUGAGGUGCUCAUCCUAUCGUCAUUGACGAUAAAGUUCAAAAUGGCGUCUCAACAUCAAGUCCCUCCACCAGGGCCACCACACCAAGAUGAAGAAAAGGCCGCUCACCGUCACCACACCGGCUCCUCCUCCUCCUCCUCUCUAGGCAUCACCCCCACCGCUCCCGCCCCCGUCAUCUGUCCCUCUCACACCACCCCCCGCAGGCUGACAACCAAAAUCGACCUCCACCUCGUCCCCUUCGUCAUCAUCCUCUACCUCAUGGCCUUCCUCGACCGCGUCAACAUCGCCAACGCCCGCGCCUUCGGCCUCGAAACCGACCUGGGCCUUUCGGGAACACAAUUCAACACCGCACUCACAAUCUUCUUCGUCCCUUACAUCCUCUUUGAAAUCCCCUCCAAUAUACUCCUGAAGAAAAUCUCACCGAGGAUAUGGCUCAGCGGGUGCUGUAUCGGCUUCGGGUUCAUCACCAUGAUGCAAGGCCUUGUGCAGAACUACGCCGGGAUUUUGACAACGAGGUUCUUGUUGGGGUUGUUCGAGUGCGGCAUGUUUCCUGGGUGUUUUUACCUGCUGGGGAUGUGGUACAGACGAGAGGAGGCACAAAAGAGGUUUAGUUUGUUUUUCUCGAGUACAAGUUUGGCGGGGGCGUUCGGGGGGCUGUUGGCGAGCGGGUUGGGGAGUAUGGAUUAUAUGAGAGGGUAUAGGGGGUGGAGGUGGAUUUUCUUGAUUGAGGGGGCGGCAACGGUGGUGAUUGGGGCGAUCUUUUUGUUUACUUUUCCUGGAUUUGUCGAGGAGGCGAAAUGGCUCCGCGACGACGAAAGAGACUACAUCAAAGCCCGUCUCCACGCUGACCAAGGCCACUCCGCCGCCGAGCGCAGCAUCACCCUCAAGGACGUCGGCAAGGUCAUGUCCGACUACAAGGUCUGGCUCGGCGGCUUCAUGUACUUUGGCAUUAUUGUCCCCGCCUACUCGUACGCGUACUUCAGUCCCACCAUUGUCCAGAGUUACGGCUACGACAAGAUCCAGACCCAGCUUCACUCUGUGCCUCCCUGGGCAGUUGCGUUUGUCUUCGCCAUGGUCAUCGCCACGGCGUCAGACUGGCUGAAGCAUAGGUUCUUGUUCACGGUUCUCCCGAUCUGUAUCUCGAUCAGCGGGUUUGCGAUUCUGCUGAAUGUGCACGAUAAUUUGCCGGUGCAGUAUGCGGCUUUGGUGCUGAUUUGCAUGGGCAUGUACUCGGCGAUGCCGAUUCAGGUUUGUUGGUUUAAUAUGAACUUGGGUGGGCAUCACCGGAGGGCUGUGGGGAGUGCUUGGCAGAUUGGUUUCGGCAACAUUGGUGGCAUCAUCGCUACAUACUCGUUUGUUGGAGGCGACUUCAGAAAGGGGUACAUCAUCUGCGUGUCCUUCAUCUGCCUGAGCGCUCUGUCGUGUAUCAUUUACGCGGUAUCCAUUAUGGCUGAAAACAGGAAGAAGGCGAACCAGACUCUCCCUGAGGGCAUGACGGAGCAGGAAAAGGCGGAGCUUGGGGAUCUGAACCCCGAUUUCAAGUAUAUGCUUUAAUUUUCACAAUGGAAAUCGGGAUGGUAGCUGUCAUGGAAUGAACAAAUGAAUGUGAAAGGAGGUAGAUGGAAUAAAAUCUCUGACCGUUGAUCA